AGCUGGAGCCCAGAGGCAGGAACUCCCAGAAAUUGUUCUAAGGGCGCGAAGGCCCGACCCGGGAAGAAGGAGGUAAAGCUACAACUCGUGCCGCGUGCGCCUCGCCGUGGUCGGCGGGGUAAAAUCGCUGGCUCCAUGGCGAAAAGCGGUCGUGACAAAUAGUAUUGGGAAGAAAGCCAGCAGAUCUUUGAAUUGCUAGUAGCCACCAGCAGUCGAGCACCUGCUCAGCGUGAGUGGCGAUUUCCAAGAAAAAAGUGCACGAAGGGACAGUUCUGUCCAGAAAACCGUUGCGUUCCCAUCUGUUCAAGGACAUAUGGCGUGCCCUUCGGGAUUCUGAUGAAAUCAGUCCCAAAGGCAAAUAUUAACCCUGCACCAAAACUAAGGUUUUCUAUCCAGACUUUCCUAGCAGUCCUAAAACUAUUACAUGCAAAAGAAUUACCCAGGGAGUUUGUUUCUUAAAACUGAGUCUUUAGGCCCUCAAGGAGUCUAUUUGUCUUAAGUCUGAAAUAGGCAUCAAGACCAAGCAGCUUUGUGCACCUUGAGACCAUAAUGUUAAGUGAAAUAAAGCAGACGCACGUUUAAAUAUGGCAAGGUUUCUCUGAUAUGAGAAACCCAAAGUCUAAAUAAUUUAAGAAUAAAAUAAAAAAUUUCUUUUGCAAAUGGGAUUGAGACCUUAGAGAUAGGAAGAAGAGGAAGAAGGAAAGAGGUAGUGAAAAAGAUUACGCAGUGUUAUGUACACAUAUCAACUCCCCGCAAAGAAAGUAGUCUGCAAACAUAGACUAAUAAAAAAAAAUUUUUAAAAGAAUGCAUCUUUGGGCUGCAGCUGUAGCUUAAGUAGUGUGUGUUUGGGUAGCAUAAGUGAAGCCCUGCCACCCAAGUGUUUAUAAUUCUGCAAACUCUGCUCUGUCUCCCUUUGCGAAGCAUUUAAAAAACCGUAUCCUGGAGCGUUUGCAACUGACUCCUACCCUGAAGAGCCAUCUCAGUGAAAAGGAUUUUAAGAAUCUCAUUCAUGCCUCUCUCUCCGAGUAAUAGCAGGAUAGGACUUAGGCCUGUUAAUUGACCUAUCCUGGGCCUUAGUUCUAGCUUCCAGAUGUCCUUCUCUGCAUUCACACCUCUUAGUGUUCUUGGUAAGUGCAGUGUUAGAUAAUAAACGUAGAGGAGAGAGAUAUUGUAAAGUCCGUAAAGACACCCACCGUUAUCCUCCUGUGCUAAGCGUGUCACAAUGAGCAGAGGAAUUGGACCCUAUCAUAUUCUUCUGGAAGUAACUAGGUCCAAACCAGGUCCAAACUAGGUCUAAACCUCGCCCGCACCUUUGUCCCGCCCUCCCGGAACGCCCGGGAUUCGGCGGCAACGGCUCGGGAACCGCCGCAGCGCCUCCGGCCAGGCCCGAGCAGUGUGAGACCCCAGCGCCCGCACUCCCGCCCUCGCCAGGGAACCAGGUGAGCCGCUUCUGGGGACGCCCGCCCUGGAGUCCAAGCUACAGACUGACAGCGGCCAGGCCGAGCCCCUCUUCCCUGUCAUCCAUGGAGAUGGAGCGCAAACCGUAUUUAUCCCAAGAGGCCUAUCCCAUGUCUGCAAGCCCAGGAAUGAUACACCCAGAGAAAAGCUACCAGAGUUCCACCUCUAAACACAGGCCCAGUUCCUUCCUGUAUAAGAUUAAGAGAGAUGUGUACAACGAAGAGACUUUCCAACAGGAACACAGAAGCAAGUUCCUCUCCUCGGGGACCCUGGCCGAAAAUGUCAGCUCCCGCAGACACCAGGUCCUCUGCAACUGCACGUGGCACAAGUUCCUCAGAUGCAUGAUUACGAUCUUCCCCUUCCUGAAAUGGGUGUGUUUCUACCGAUGGAAGGAUUGGCUACUUGGAGAUUUACUUGCUGGCCUAAGUGUUGGCUUCGUGCAAAUUCCUCAAGGUCUGGCACUUAGUUUGCUGACAAGGCAACUGGUUCCUCCUCUGAACGUCGCUUUUUCGGCUUUCUGCUCAUCCAUAGUAUAUGUCAUUUUUGGAUCAUGUCAUCAAAUGUCCAUUGGCCCCUUCUUCCUCAUGAGCGCCCUGAUGAUCAACGUGCUAAAGCAUCAGCCCUUCAACGACGGCCACUUGAUCCUGGGGACCUUCGUCCCAACCGACUUCACCGCCCCUUUCUACAUUGAGAAGUACAAUGAGUCUUUAAGCGUGGUGGCGGCCACCACGUUUCUGACAGGGAUGAUUCAGCUCUCCAUGGGCGUGCUGGGCAUCGGCUUCAUGGCCAUGUACCUUCCGGAGGCCGUGGUCAGCGCCUACCUGGCCGCAGCGGCUCUGCACAUCAUACUGUCCCAGCUGCCUUGUGUCUUCGGGGUGAUGAUCGCUUUCCAUGCCGGUCCUAUUGCCUUCUUCUCCAACAUCAUUAACUACUGUGUGGCUCUUCCGAAAGCCAACUCCACCAGCAUCCUACUUUUUCUAACUGCCGCUGUUGCGCUGAGAAUCAGCAAGUGUCUCCGAAUGUCUUUCAAUCAUUAUCCCAUCGAAUUUCCCAUGGAAUUAAUUCUGAUUCUUGGCUUCGCUGCACUGGCAAACAAGAUAAACAUGGCCACAGAAAACAGCAAGCUGUUCAUUGAGAUGAUGCCUUUCAGCUUGGUGUCUCCUACAUUACCAGAUUUCAGCAUUAUCAGAUACAUUGUUUUACAAUCCAUCUCCCUGUCUUUAGUGAGUUCCUUUCUGCUCAUAUUUCUGGGCAGGAAGAUCGCCAGUUUCCAUAACUACAGAGUCAAUUCCAACCAGGAUUUGAUAGCCAUCGGCCUUUGCAAUGUCAUCAGCGCCUGCUUCAGCUCGCACGUGUUCACUGGUGCCGUUGCCAGGACCAUGAUCCAAGAUAAAUCUGGAGGCAGACAGCAGUUUGCAUCCCUGGUAGGCGCAGGUGUGAUGCUGCUCCUGAUGGUGAAGGUGGGCCGCUUCUUCUACGAGCUGCCUAAUGUCAUCCUGGCCGCUGUCAUCCUGAUCAACGUGAUUCCCUACCUGCAAGUCAUUUACAACCUCCCCGGCCUGUGGAGGAAGGACCAGUUCGACUGUAUCUCUUGGAUGGUGACGUUCAUAUCCACGGUCUUCUUGGGACUGGAUGUAGGACUGGUGAUCUCACUGCUUUUCGCCUUCUUCAUCGUCACCGUGCGGUCGCAUAGAACAGAAGUCACCUGCCUGGGCCAGGUCCCCCACACCAACCUCUAUAAAAGCAUCACUGACUACCGGGAGCUCAUAAUUAUUCCUGGGGUGCAAAUCUUCCAGUGCUGCAACGCCAUCACGUUCAUCAACGUGUACCACCUGAAAAGCGCGCUGCUGAAGGAGCUUGGCAUGGUAAGCGUGCCCCUGGAAGAAGAAGAGAUCUUCGGCCUAUUCAAUGAAAGCGAAACCAGCCUGGAGAGAGAGAAGAUAUGCAGGUGCUUCUGCAGCUGUGAAGACCUGGAACCACCACCCAGGGUUAGGAAUAUCCCUGCUGCCCCAGAGUGGCCCACAUUUUAUACCCUGAGAGAUUCAGAGAUCGCCUACACGGAACGAUUUAAAUACAAAGAGCCGGAUUCGUCCUCUGUGAACCUGGUCCACUCUUCACACCUGGACCCCACCAGCCCCAGCGACAGCAUGCUCAAUGGGGUUGAGCAGGAACUGUCCUAUGUGGUGCCUUCCACGUCUCAGAGACUUCAAGAAGAGCCCUAUGAGAACGUGGAGCGAGGUUGGGCUUCCAGCAACUCCCUCCAGAAGAACAUACCCUCGCUGCAGGACACCACUGCGGGCAAGAUGAAGCUGACCACCCCUUACUCCGACGUGGCUCUUCAGCCCAGCACCCACACCAUCAUCCUGGAUUUCUCCUUGGUGCACUACGUGGACUGUCGGGGCUUGGUCGUCUUGAGACAGAUGUGCAAUGCUUUUCAAAAUGCCAACAUCCUGGUGCUCAUCACCGGAUGCCACUCCGCUGUGAUCAGGGAAUUCGAGAAGUGUGAUUUCUUUGACCAUGGCAUCACCAAGGCCCACCUGUUCCUCACCCUCCACGACGCCGUGCUGUACGCCUUGUCGAGGAAGGCGCCAGACAACUCCGAGCUGAGCGUGGACGAGGGCGAGACGGUGAUCCAGGAAACCUACACAGAGUCGGACAAGGUACUUGGGAGCCUGGAAAAGAUUGGGAUGGAAAAUGACAAACCCCUCUACGAUAAGAGUCGAGGCUUUCUGGAUAGCUCCACAAAUACAAGUUACCACCUCCCCAAGUACCGCAAGCCGAAAGAUGAGUCACUGGAGUUAGACUUAGACCUGUACGACAUCGUAGAGCCCAAAGAAGAGCCACAGCAGAUGGAUCUCGACAUGAGCCUGGACCGGGUCCUAGAGAACGAGGAGUUGGAGGAGUUGGAGGAGCUGGAGCCCGAGGCUGAGUCGGAGCUUGAGAUAGUGUCUGACCCACAGCCCGAGAGGCCGCCGGAGCCCAAAAGCACACCGAAAGCUUCUGUGUACUCUCGGCAUCUCUACCAGCCCAUCUAUCAACCUGCGGCUCCCAGCACCCAGCCCCAGCCUUUGCCUUGGAGGCGAUCUUCGGAGAAGAGAUAGAAAUACCCACAGUCAGACUCAUCUGAGGAACGCUCGGGGCUGAGAGCCUGAUGAAUCCUCUGCCCUAAAGGGGUCACUUGCUCCUAAGACCCACGCCAGACACACACCAGCAGCGCUUGCUUUGUGACUCGGUUUCCUUCCUUGGCAGUGGGCUCACACUCGUAGGCUACACAGCCAAAGGCCAAGGAUGACCUGUGCAUUCCUACCCAGGCCCCCCCGAGUCCCACUACUCAAGCAGAGUCCCUUCCUCCCGUGCCCUCACACCUCUGGGGUUUGUGCCAGAACCCCUCUGCCUUACACCCCUCACAUCCAUUCCCCUCCCUCCAGGGAAAAGAGGCUCAAAUAAAACACAGCGAGUUACAUUUGCA